AUGCCGCCACAUCCAGACGCCAUGGAUGUCGAUGAACUUGCCCCCAAGGGAUUGUUCGCACAGAACAACUUUUUUGUUGUACGAAGCGAUGGCAUACCAGAAGAUGAGGCCCAGCGGAUUCUUAAAUCCUUGACGCUGCACGACGGCGAGGCAAACAUUGAUACCUAUGACACAAACGAUGCGCUCGCACUCAAGGGGAUCACGCACAUUGUUUCCACAACGACCGACUAUCCCGAUUAUGACCGGGCCUGCGAUGCUAUGAUCCCUACUAUCAAGCCUAGCUGGAUCGAACAUUCACUUGCCAAAGACAAGCUGCAAAAUCCACGCCAGUAUUCCCCCGACCCUCGUUACUUCUUGUCAGACGUGGUCGCAUGCUGUGCAGACCUUCCUGAAGGCGAUGCUGAUGCCAUUGCCGGAGGCGUCCUAGCCAUGGGUGGCCUUUUCACGUACAAGCUGACGAGUCAAGUCACGCACAUCGUGGCUCUGAGCAUUGACUCGCACAUGUGUGAGACGGCUGUUAACCGACGACUAAAGAUCAGGAUUGUUCUGCCGCACUGGUUUGACGACUGUCUGAGGCUCGGUCGCAAAAUCGAUGAAACUCCCUACAAGCUGCCCAAUCCCGAGAUCCUCAAUUCCUCGGUCGACAAGCUGCCAUACAAUUAUCGACAAACCCUUGUCAACGGCGCCGUCGAUCCUGAUCCAGCCUCUACCCCUCCUCCGAGCCCUUCAACCACACGUAGAGCGCAGUCCGUGUUCAAGAACAAGAAGAUUGUGCUUGCAAAAGACCUUGGCCUCGGGUCACAUCUGAAGGGCAUUCUGGAAGAAAUCAUUCGGAAUGGAGGCGGCAAGGUUGUCUCGUCCGUACCCCAGUGCGGUAUGUACGUCUGCAAAUACCGGCAGGGUCAGGAGUACCAAUUCGCAUCUCGCACCGGCAAGCAUGUUGGCAACCUAGCUUGGCUCUACUAUCUCAUCACCACUGACGUAUGGACCUCUCCCUUGAAGCGACUCAUGCACUAUCCCAUCGAUCCAAAAGGCAUCCCGGGUUUCGACAAGCUCAAGAUUAGUUUGUCCAACUACACCGGCGAAGCAAGAACGUACCUUGAGAACCUUAUCACCGCAAGUGGCGCCGAAUGUACAAAGACUCUAAAACAAGAUAACACGCAUCUAAUCACUGCUCACGUCCAAAGCGAGAAAUGUGCUGCAGCGAAGGAAUGGGGGAUCCACCUCGUCAACCACCUAUGGCUGGAAGAGAGCUACGCCAAAUGGACGGUGGCCAGCGUCAGCAACAGCAGAUUCACCCACUUCCCGAAACGAACCAACCUGGGUGAAGUCGUCGGCCAGACUCAGAUCGAUCGGGAGGUCCUAGAAAAGAAGUUCUUUCCGGGUGAUGUUGAAAUUGAUGACAACGCGAGUGAUGGCGCCGCGAAGCUACCACUGAGGCGUACGAAUCCCAAACCAGCAAAAGCCGCCGAACUUCGCACUCCUGCUGCCUCCAGGUUCAUUGCGCUAGAAAAGGAGAAUAUCACGCCCUCCACCACCAACAGCCGGCGUUCCAAAGACGCUGCUACCACGAAGCUACAUGAGUUGACUACAGACAUCGCUCUGUAUGAGAAGGAGAAGAAGCGGGUAGGCGGAGUGGUAUACGGCGGCCGACGUAAGACUGACGAUGAGCGCGUCGAAAUGCCACGCAAGCGGUCAGUUGACGAGAUGGCUGACCAGGAGCAUAUUCCAGAGGUCGAGCAAAAGAAGAAGCCAAAGACCGGCCUUCCACCCAUAGCUAUGCAUCUGCUUGUCACGGGAUAUGCUCGAUGGAAAGAUGCUCCGAAAGUCGAAGAUUCGGAUAGAGCUAAGCUUCGCCAGCUAGGCAUCAGCCUCGUGCUCGACCCAGCUCGAGCCACACACCUCGCGGCUCCACGGAUUGUGCGAACAGUCAAAUUCAUAUCGGCCAUGUCCUACGCUCCAACGAUUGUUUCGACCAAUUUCAUUGACGCAUGUCUGGAGAGCGAAGAGCUCGAGGACCCUGAAGCUUUCAAGCUUGUCGACAAGGAACAGGAAAAGCGCCUGGGGCUCUCCUUGACGUUGUCCAAGGAACGAGCAAGGGAAAACCGGAACAGGCUUCUCGAGGGUCGUUCCGUAUACUGCCUGCCAAACGUCAAUGGCGGUUUCGAGACCUACAAUCAGAUCGUCCAGGCCAAUGGCGGUCAAUGCAUGCUAUAUCAGGGCCGGAAGGGUACUCGCGUAAAGUCCUAUCGAGCCGGGAGUGAGGGUGCUGACGAUGAGAACACCGAUGUAUAUCUCAUCAGCCCCGAGGAAGGUGACAACAAGAAAUUGUGGCACCAAUUUCAGUCCAUGGCGCAGAGCUCUCGCAUGAUCCCUCGGAUAGUGACGACCGACUGGCUGAUUGAGACGGCAAUGCGUCAGGAGAUUCUGCCCGUGACCAAAUACGAGCUCAGCUCGUGA